AUGCUGUUCAAGUCUUCUCUCAUCGCUUUCCUGGCCUUGCAGGUCUUUGGCGCAGUCGCUCAGGUGCGUGAUGCUGCCGACUUUGGCAAGCCCCCCGCCUCGCUCAAUGCCGACAUCAGGACCACGUUCCCCGACUCGGACAUCCUGGGCGUCAAGCUGGUCAACGGCCGCCCCACGACUGCUCUGAUCGAGGUCACCAACAAGGAGGACGACGCCAUCCAGGUUGUCUUCGCCAAUGGCGCUCUGUGGACCACCAAGGAGCUGCCUGAGGACGCGCCGGCCUACCAGGGCAUCGUGCGCAACUUGACGGCCAUGCAGUACAGCCUGCAGAUCGAGGCCGGCGAGACCAAGUCGAUUCCCUACUCGUUUGCGCUCGACAUGAUGCCCCAGGAUGUUCGCCUGCGCCUGCUGGCCGUCUUCACCAACCAGAAGGGCGACAUCUUCCAGGUCCCUGCUUACGAUGGCGAGACGUCCAUUGUCGAGGCCCCCACCAGCUUCCUCGACCCUCAAAUCAUCUUCCUGUACAUUGUCCUCACUGCGGUUUUCGGCGGCACCCUCUACUUCGUCUACAAGACCUGGAUCGAGGCUCUGUUCCCCCAGGCCAAGCGACCUCGCUCAACCAAGAAGCCCGUCCAGAAGCCCGUCGACCCCGCUGAUGCCCUCUCCGGCUCCGAGUCCGCUGGCAAGUCGUAUGACGAGAGCUGGAUCCCUGACCACCACAUCAACCGCCCCGUCGCCAAGCGCGUAAAGUCCAGCGCCAGCAAGAAGAAGGGUGUGGAGUAA